CGGCGAUAGAGGCACUGGAGUCAAGGGACAGACAUUUAAACCAAGAGGCAGCCAGGAGGUGUACAGUCGUUCUGCUGAUCCAAAGAAAAUGGCGAUUUCAAUCGUGGGCGAGCAGCUUCCACGUGCGGAAGAUGAAGCGUUGGUUGAUAAUUUCAACCUGCUUCUUGGCGACGACGAAGGAGGUACUUGAAAUUCUUAUGAACAUUGUUGCUCCGAAAUAAAGAUGUAAUGGCUCUUACAACGGCUGAAUAGAUACACAGAGAGAGAGUCUUCUGAAGUUCUUUUUUCUUGCACACCCACGCAUAGUACAACAAUAUUUUCAAGUUACCCGUCUCCUCUGCCUUUUUCAUCAGACGGUCCUGACGACUCUGCUUUCUGUUCCGGUUUAGAAGGGACGGCCAGUUUGGUAAGCGUCACAGCGAGUAGUCUUAGCAGGAGCAGCACUGCCACUUGCGAUGCACUGACCACUGGACCAGAUUCACAUCUCUGGUUGAGCAAGCAACCAACUCCAACUCGUACACCAGCAUCCCUAGGACAUCGUUUUGUAGGGGAGGAAGAAGCUGCACGUUCAGAUGCAGGUGACAAUACAACAAUACCAUCGAGUAAACACGACAGCAGUUCUGGUCGUGGUGCCGGGAAGAACAACGUCAUCAAGCACGGCAUUUCACUUCUAGACGUGGCAGAGAAGCAGCAAGGCGAGGUGUAUGACGAUGCGUUGCGCGUGAGCGAAAAGGGAG